CAACAGACACACGAGGUGGACAGCCACGCAGUGAGUUUGGAGCAGUUGUUCUCCUCUGAUGGCGGCCCUGCAGAAACCGGGAUUCAGCCACACAGUUCUCGGCUGGCCGAUCUCAAGGGGCGUUUUGAAUGGCUGCGUCUUUGCACUCACAGCCGUCUGGAGACUGCGCGCAAACAGCUUAAAACCAAAUUGGCACAGGAGGACAGUUUUGAGAGCCUACAACGGACUGUCAGUCGCUUAAAUGAACGGCUGACUGCACUGGAAUGGAGCCUUACAGAACAGGCUGCCUACGAAAAGGUCUCCGCACCACCAGCAAAAACAGACGCGCCGGCUUUUGAUUCGAUUCCAGAGGCCCUGGAGACCAACCUGAGGAUCACACUGCCUACCAAGAUUGAAACUCUACGAUCACGCGCUGAAACCCACCUCAACGUAACUUCUCGCCUGCUUCGUACCUACCAGUCCCUAAAGGACCUCGUUGAUGGCCUAAAGUCCAGUUUCACGGAGAGAAUGGAGCAGGCAGACAUUCUGCUGGUGGGUAGUGAGAUUGCCAGACUAACCUCCGAGGAGUGGACGACCUCCCACAGACGAACCCUGGAAAUGGAAUUGGAGGCCUUCGCCGACUUGGCUGCAGAACUAAAGGACACCGGUCCAGUGAGCACGCACUUGGAGGCCACUAACUCCGCCAUCGAGUCAUUUUUGGUCUCUCUACAGGAGCUAACCGGACUGAAAACGCCCUCCUCACCCAUCCAGCUCCUGAUUGAGGGCCAGCUGACGAACCUAACCGCGGGGCUGCAACACGAUCGCAAUGAAGUUGCCCGGACAAUGGAACGCCUGCGUGACCAACUGACUCGAGGUGAUAACAGCGACUUUGAAACUCUUCUCAUCUCCUCCGGUGUUCGGAUUGAGACGGGCUUCGGCAGUGACUGUCUACCCUUUCCCAUCCAGGCGGUGCAUGAACGUUGGAGUGAGCUUAUAAACCGAGCCAUGAAUGUGCGCGGCUCGGCUGAGUCUAUGGUGGACAGUAUUCAGGAGAUGACAGCAGCCUUCGCCAGCACUGUUGAUUGGCUGAAGGAGACUAAGAAGAGACUGACGGCGAUUAUCGAGAUUCCACCACAAAUGCCUUUCGCCCUCACUGGUGGCACGGAGGCAGAGGCGGAAGCUACUGCAGACUACAUCAAUACACUUCAGCCGCCCUUCCUGGUGCACAUCUGGAGUGGUCUGCUUGAGACCCGAUCGUUUAGGUCUUCUAGGAUCUCGGUAAGUCCUCUGUUACCCUCCUUCCCCCAUGUUUGA